UAGUAUUGCACAUCCAGACAAGGUGACAACCUGGGAUAUCAAAAUGUGGAAAGAAUUAACUAUUAUCAGUUUUCUGGUGGCCAUCACUUUGGCGAUGCCAGCUUCCGAAAUCUCUGCACCCGUAGAAGCUGUUCAACCAGAAGGUCCAGCUCUUUUGGUGACUCAACAGGAAGGCGAGGAUCUCGAGGGAGCCGAAGCUGCCUAUGGCGGGUAUGGCGGCUACGGUAGAGGAUUUGGUGGAUAUGGUGGAUAUGGCGGAUUUGGCGGAGGCGGCUAUGGUGGUGGCUUUGGUGGUUUUGGUGGAUAUGGCGGUGGAUUCGGGAGACAUAGAUUCGGCAGAGGCGGAUACGGAUUCGGAUAUGGGCGCAGAAAUUUCUUCGGUUGAACUAAGAGAUUUUAGUGAUGGUGUACAGUUUAAAUGAAGAUAUUUAUAUUUAUAACCAGACAUAAAAGCCUCGAAACAUUGAAGAGAAUGUAUAUCAUCAUAUGAAUAUCGUCAUUUCCAUUAAAUUCCUCUCUGUUCUACCUAAAGAAAAUCGAAUAAAAGUUAAACAUAUUAGAACGUU